AUGGACAGCAUUCUGAGAUUCGCACAUUUGUCCGGACCCAGCCUCCGUGUGCCAUCGAAUGGCCAGUCCAUCGUCCCAGAGCCAACGGGCAUCGACUCAACAGUAUCUCGAGAAACCGCCACGCAUCCCAGCACAAUCCGAACACCAUCACUACCCCAACGCUUCAGUCUGCGAGACUCGGCCGUGCUGGAGGCGCUCCAUUCCAUUCGCGCUGCUAAGGUACCGUCCAGCAGCCGCUAUGAACCGCCAAGGUUCGAUCGCACCGAGAGUGAGUCGACGGCCCGGGACUCGUGUCUCGAGCCAGCCUUGGAUGCGACGGUCUCCGGCUUCCCCAAGACCCUGGGCGUCAAGCUGCUGGCUUCCGAACAGAAAACAAAUCCCGAAUGCCCAUGCUGCCAAGCCAUGGCGCUCCGGAUAGCCGGUGUUUGUUCACUCAUGACCCGGCUCGAGGCCGAGCUGGCACAUGUGCGAAGCGACCUUGCGGACAAGACUCAAGAGCGAGACAUGCUGCUGGCCGAGGUCGAGCAGCUCUCACAGAUGCUCUUUGAAGAAGCCAAUCGGAUGGUCUCGGAAGAGCGCAAGACGGCAUCCGAGCUCGCGCAGAGCAAGGCCCAGCUGGAACGAACUGUGUCGAUCCUCAAGAGCAGCAUUACAGCAGCGCUCUUGUUCCAGCAAUGCGACCGACAAGCACAGGCCGAGCGAGCAAAAACCCAGCCUGGCCUACGAAAGGGGAUCAGCUUGGUCGAGCCGGGAUCCCUGGAAGCAGCAUCGGCCCAAGUUGCCGCUGUUGGCUCAAAGGUAAGCACUACACCGCCGCAUGCAGUGGCUCGGGAGUAG